AUGUCGACCACCCCAUCUCCCAAGAAAAAGUCCGAGUACUUGGGUGAUCUGACAGCCAGUGAAAUCAAGUUGAUUUUGGCUAACGACGAUCAUGAUGGAUCCAACGCCAAGGGAAAGUCUCCAGCCAAGACCAGAGCGAAGAAGCGCGGUGGCAAAGUUCUUGAUUCACAGCUCGAGCCUGAACCUGAGAUCAAGACCGAGGCUAAACCUGGAGAGAGUGCUAAAAAUGCCGUGAAGAUUGAGGUUGAAUCCGGAGAGAGCAGUGACAGUCCAGUGAAGGUCGAGGCAGAUACCGACACUAAGAUCAAGCUGCAGCCUACCGACUAA